AUGUGGCCGGUGGGUUUGUUGUUUAUUAUUUUGGCUGGUUAAAAGUAUAUUGUGAUUGUUCGGUAGACUUGAUAUGUCUGCUGAUUACGCGCACUUGUGCUCAUCCAUUCUGGAGCAAUGCUUUGGCAAAGUGGUGCAGUCCGUGGCGGAUUGCCUGUUCUCAGCCACCACGCGCACACUGUCACAAAUUGUGAGCAGCACACAUUUCUCGCGAAAGGAAGUGGUGCUCGCUCUGGCCGUGCUCAUCAAAUUUCGACUGGUCAAUUUUGAGCCAUCCAAGAACAAUCCAUUUCUGCCCGAAUAUUCGCUCAGGCGGGAAGAUGUGAUAUGCCUGCUGCGAUACUCCCGCUACAUACACCUCGUCCAGACCAAGUACGGCAAUGUUGGCGCUUCUAUAGCGGAGGAGCUGCUGAAUGCGGGAUCGGAAACGGCAACCGGUUUGCUGCUCAAAUGUUUGUCUGAUGGUGAAAACAAAGCGGAGAGUGCCGAAACCUACAGGGACACAUUUAUAAAAAUGAUAGCCGAUCAUUAUAUCAUCAAAAUACCGGAGCUAAUGACUGGCGACGAGUCGGAAGAUGCUGUACCCAAGUUUCAGACAAACGAAUGCGAUUUCUUCGUGCCACCCAACAUUGAUCUGCAUCUGUUGGCCCAGAUACGCAAAGGUGAAGCGACACUGUCAAAGGCAUUGGAUGGGGCCAUCGUCUGGAGCCUAAACUAUGAUCGUUUUCAUCAGGAGUUCCGUGAUGACAUCAUGAGACUCGCCAUGGAGCGGAAGCUGGGCGAAAAUGCCGCCGAAUGCUUUAGUUUCAUUCUGAACCUAAUAUAUAACACCACAGAUCCGUGGCAGCGGAAAGCUUCCAAUCAAAUUACAUUCGUGGAGAUAAAGCAGGCAAUCGAGCGCAAAUCCAAUAAUUUGGAGUUGAUGAAAUUCUUGGAUCAAUAUAUAUGCCUGAUAACUGACGAUUCACUUGGUUUUCUUCGCAAAGUGGGCGAUAUGGGCGGUGGGCAGUAUUUGGUGGACAUGGAGAAAGCAUUCGAAUCGCUGGCUCUUGCCUGUGUGGAGUCCGUUAUAACUGAACGCUUUGGCUCGAAAGCGGCGCGUAUAUUUCGCGUGAUACGUUUUAAGAAGUACAUCGAACAGGAGGAUUUGCAAAAGGAGGCUAUGAUACCCGCAAAGGAGGCCAAAUCCCUUGCCUAUAAUCUGUUCCAGGAACAAUUCAUACAUGUUAAAGUUAUCAAAAAACCUGGCGGGGGAGGCAGUGGGCCGGCCAAGGCUUUUUAUCUUUUCCAAAUCAAAGAAAAGGAUACAGUACGCAUGUUGCUGGACAAUUGCUUCAAGUCCCUGUACAAUACAAUAAGACGGUCCAACUAUGAGAAAAACGAGCAUAAAGGAUUGAUUGAGAAGUCUCAAAGACUGGACAGCAUAGUUGAGACCAUGAAGGAACGCGGGGAAUCGGACGAAUAUAUAGCUGAGAUUGUUGAGACAUUUACGCCGCCCGAAUGUGAAAUUUUGAAGAAAGUAAAACAUCGCAUCAAGACCUUGUCUAAAGCUGAAAUGACUCUGGAUGAUACGAUAUUUCUAUUGCAAAUGUAUCAGCACCAUUGUACGACACUUCCGACGGGCAUUCAAAAGUUUAAAUAAAAU